UGUCCGUGGCGCGCGCACGCCGCUCGUGGCGCCCCCACCUUCACGACGCGGUAAGCAUUCACUCCUCCCGACCCCGACGCCGCGACGGUCCAUCCCGCUACUACGCCAUGCUCCUUCUUACUUCCUUCUCAUCCAUCAACUUCGAACGCACGCUUUGUCGUACAGUUUUUUGGUUAUUUUGUGAUUUUUCUUCGUCAGUGAGUCACGGUGGAAAAGUAUCAAGGUCGACUGAUCCUAAUGUAAAUUUGUGCCUCAGUCUUAAUGUAUCAAAGUGGAUAUCCUUAUCGCGUCGAGAUGAUGCCGACGCCGGCGACGCGCCUAGUUGAGUUUCUCGAAAAAUACAUAAUUUCGUCAUUGUGUCUGAAAGGAUAAACACCGCGCGCCGAAAUCAGUGCCAAUAGGUUCUCGUGAUAGUAGGCUAGCGAGCGCCGCGCGAGGUCUAAGUAGGAGAGCGCUGGGCCGGCGGCGGGCGCGCAGGCGCGACGCAACAGUUAUAUCCCUGACGAGUGACGGUCCCGCGUCCUCACUCGCGGCCCGAUCGUCUCCUAGUCUGGACGCGACUCGUGAAACCCAGAAGUUACGCUAUUGCCGCGCGCUCUCAGCUUCUACCUUUUGCCUUCUUUCAUGUAUGCUUCUCCCGCUUCGUAUGAACUUCAGUGCUCAGUGACACUCAUGUUUAGUUUUAAGUAGUUCUUCGAUUAGAUAUAUUUAGUCAUUAGUUUAGUGAUGAAGUGAACUAUGUAGGUAAUAAGAUUAUUUAGUGCUUCUAAUAAUUAGGAUUAGUUAAGUGAAGUGAACAAAACCAUACUAACGUUUAUGUGUGUGGACAAUGAAGUGGCAGGGACGCUUUAUUUGUGAAUAGUUAUAAGUAUUUGUGAAGAUAGGUAACUAACUGAUGGACAACAUGUCGUUGCCUAUUAAGCGUUCGUUCAGUUCCGAGGGGGGGGCCACCUCCAAGCGCGACUGGAAAAUGCGGCUCAGUCUACGCAGUCGCAGCGGACACAGCGUGGAGGCGCUGCGCGGGCGGCGGUGCGCGUCGCUGCGGGCGGCGGCGGCCCCCGCGCGCGGCGCCGCUGACGACUCCGGCCGCAGCACGCCCUCGGCGCCGCACCGCGCCUCCCCCUCCCCGGCCGACACGCCCGCUCCCAAGAAGUCCAACUGGGAAGUUAUAGAACAUUUCUCUUCUAAUCGGAGCACCAAGAGCCCUUCUACGGCAGAAACGGAGGGCGGGGCCACUCAGCCAGCGCCGGCGCAGCUCCCGCUGUGCCCGGCCGGCAAACCGGACAUCGAGGCGCAGCCGCUACUCAAUGACGAGAGCCGGGCGGAAGGCGCGGCCGGCACGAGCACCGCGCUGGUGCCCGACGACGAGGAGCAGCGGACCUGCUUCAAGCAGUGCGUCAGCUCCUGUCCUCCGCCGGUCCGCGCCAUGUGUGCCUCCAACCGAUUUGACAACUUACAUGUGGAGAUGUUGUACCAACGCUACUUUCUCCGCAUGAACCAGACGAACAUGACGCACCUGCUGGGGUUGCUGUUGACCGUCGCCGUCGGCCUCAUGGUGGUGCAAGUUCGGACGCUACUCCUUGCUCAGAACUUCCUGGGAGAACUCAUACCGUUCCCAUUCGUAUUGAGCAGUACGGAACCUAAUCUAGAGCCGCUGGAGUUCUUCACGCAGUACCCGCGCUCGGGCACGCUCAGCGACUCGCAGUCCUUCGACGACACCGACCCGUCCCACUACAAGCGGAUCUACUACGAGAAGGAGCGGGUCGCGCACAUCAUCAACGUCAUCGUGCUCGGACUCAGCGCUCUGGUCUUUGCCUGCCUGCUGGCGUGUCUGAGCCGUCCCGCCAUGAAUGAGAUCUACCUGCUCACCAUCUCUUAUGUGGUGCUCGUCGCAUUCCUGCUCAUUGAAUUCUCAUUUGCCGGAACUUCAGUACUGAGGUCGUUAACAGUGAGCACGGGAGCAUGUUCGCUGUUCACGUAUGUGACGUACGCGACGCUCCCGGUGCGACUCCACGAGGCCACCAUCGGCGGUCUGGCGCUGGCCGCCGUCAACAUCGGCGCGCAUCUGCUACUCGACAACUCAUCUGACAUGCAGCUGUACUGCACGAUCGCGACGCUGAUCGCGUGCAACGCGGCCGGCAUGCUGACGCACCAGCCGCGUGAGCUCGCCCAGCGCCGCGCCUUCCUUGAGACCCGCGACUGCGUCGAGGCGCGCCUCCUCACGCAGCGCGAGAACCAGCAGCAGGAGCGGCUGCUGUUGUCCGUGCUACCGCGCCACGUCGCUAUGGAGAUGAAAGCGGACAUCGCGAGCCAACCACGCCACGAGCAGUUCCACAAGAUCUACAUUCAGCGCUACGAGAAUGUCAGCAUCCUGUUUGCGGACAUCUGCGGCUUCACCUCCCUCUCGGACCAGUGCACGGCCGAGGAGCUAGUGCGGCUGCUCAACGAGCUGUUCGCCAGGUUCGACCGGCUGGCGGCGGAGCACCACUGCCUGCGCAUCAAGCUGCUCGGCGACUGCUACUACUGCGUGUCCGGGCUGCCCGAGGCGCGCGACGACCACGCCAAGUGCUGCGUCGAGAUGGGACUCGACAUGAUCGACGCCAUUGCGCUGGUGCGCGAGGUGAUGGCGGUGAACGUGAACAUGCGCGUCGGCAUCCACACCGGCCGCGUGCACUGCGUCGUGCUCGGCCUCCGCAAGUGGCAGUUCGACGUGUGGUCCAACGACGUCACCCUCGCCAACUACAUGGAGAGCGGAGGAGUGGCCGGCCGCGUGCACAUCACGAAGGAGACGCUCUGUUGCCUCGGCGACGACUACAAGGUGGAGCCGGGACAUGGCGGCUAUCGGAACGCAUACCUCAAGGACCACAACAUCGAGACCUACCUCAUCGUGCCUGACGACACCAGCCGAGUGGACAAGAAGCCGCAGCACUCGUUCGCUGUGAACGGGAACGUGUCGAAGGAGAUGCGCGUCAUGGGGCACGGCUCGCAGCACGGCAAGCACUCCUCCAAGAUGGGCGCGGACGCGGGCGCCGACAACAAGAAGCCCGAGGACGAAGUUAACGAGUACCUGAUGAAGGCGAUCGACGCGCGCUCCAUCGACCGCCUGCGCGCCGAGCACUGCCGCCCCUUCACGCUCACCUUCCGCGACGCCCACCUCGAGAGGAAGUACACGGCGGAGCGCGACCGCAUGCUGAAGGUGUACUUCUCGUGCUCGCUGGUCGUGUACACCGCCGUGCUCGUCGUGCAGCUGCUCGCCUUCAACAUGACUCCGAUUGGCAUCGCGACCAUGAUCCUGUGCGGAAUUAUUGUUGUAUCUGUUACGUACUUGAUUUUCGCCAUUGACUUGAAGUUCGCUGGUGGCAAGUUGAAGAGGAUAUCGAAACGCGUGCACAACAACCGCACUCUCGCUCAGCUGAUGUCGUUCAUCGUGGUCGGCGCGGUCAUCCUGCAGAUACAGGUCGUCAUGGUGCAAGAGGUGCUCGGCGUCACCAACAACACGAACGUCCCGUCGUACGAGAACAGCGGCGGCAACUGUCCCUACGACAUGAACGAGCAUUACUUGCAAGUGACCCUGAUGGCGAUGUUCCUGUGCGCGGUGCACCAGAUACUGAUCACGAUGGUGAAGGUGCUCCUGCUGCUGGUCGUGUGCGUCACGUACGUGGCGGUCACCACGCAGGAACAUCUCUAUUACCGGAACCAUUUCUACGACUAUCAGCACCGGUGCGGCCUGGACUGGAAUCAGCAGUGGACCAACAUCGCCAUAGCGCUGGGCGCCACCGUCGCGCUGCUGCUGCACUCGCAACAAACAGAGAGCACCUACAGACUCGACUUCAUCUGGAAGCUGCAGGCCAAUGAAGAGAAAGAGGACAUGGAGCACCUGCAGGCGUACAACCGCAAGCUGCUGGCCAACAUCCUGCCCGAGCACGUCGCGCAGCACUUCCUCUGCAGCGACAAGAACAUCGACCAAUUCGACGCGCAGGAGCUCUACCACGAGCAGUGCGACUCCGUCUGCGUCAUGUUCGCCUCCAUCCCGAACUUCUCCGAGUUCUACGUGGAGCUGGAGGGGAACAACGAGGGCGUCGAGUGUCUCCGCCUCCUCAACGAGAUCAUCGCAGACUUCGACGAGAUCCUCGCCGAGGAGCCGUUCAAGUACAUCGAGAAAAUUAAGAGCACCGGAGCUACAUACAUGGCUGCUUCAGGCCUCACCAACUCCACUCAGGACCUGGUCGGGUACCGGCACGUGACCGCCAUGGCGGACUACGCGCUGCGUCUCCGCGAGCAGCUGCAAUACGUCAACGAACAUUCGUUCAACUGCUUCCGCAUCCGGAUAGGUAAGAGUUGUUCACCGAGCGAUGCGACGGCCUCCUCCGCGAACUGUACUCUGCGCGUGCGCGUCGAGCCCGGCGGAGCACUCAUCGUCCGGCGUGUGCCCGCAGGCAUCAACAUCGGGCCCGUGGUGGCGGGGGUGAUCGGCGCCCGCAAGCCGCAGUACGACAUCUGGGGCAACGCUGUGAACGUCGCCUCCAGGAUGGACUCCACCGGACUGCUGGAUCACAUUCAGGUGACGCAGGAAGUGUACGACAUCCUGUCGGCGCGCGGGUACAAGCUUCGUUGCCGCGGCACAGUCGACGUCAAAGGCAAAGGGAACAUGGUCACGUACUUCCUCGAGGGAGUCGGCGACUCCAUCCCUGACGACAUAUACAAUAAUCCCAUUCCAUCAACAUCAAGCGAGGGCGCCGUGCCUCCCCGUCCUGAACACCGCCCUCUGGACACUCUGUCGGAGGCACACACCGAUGAGGACGGCGGCCCCUCUCCGAGAGCUUCCAUCCCUAUGGAGGUUGCAGAGAGCGAGACGGCGUCGUCGUCGGCCCGCGUGGCGUCCCGUUCCCGCGAGAGUGUGAGCAGCGCGGCGAGCGCGGUGCGGGAGCGAGUGCGCCGACGACUGCAGCGCCCUCUCUCUCUCGCGGACGACGACGCCUUCCCCAGCCUCAUCUCACUCGUUAACGCUAAGGCUUACUCCGCCGACUUCGACUCGGCCUUCCGCCACGAAGAAACUCUACGCGAGAGGCCCUCGCAGCCCCGCACCAGCAAGGCGACCAGUCUCGCCGACUUCAUCUUCAAGAGGAGGCCCAACAAGUCGCAAUUGAACGCUGUCCACGUCAUCGAGAACCCGAUGAAUGCCAUGGACGACUUCGACUCGAACUGCUCCGCGACCACUACAUUCUCUCCCGUCUAAAUACUUCACUCCACACGUACAUUUUAUCUACCAUCGCACCCGGGAAACAUUUAAAUAUAUAUAUAUAUAUAUAUAUAUA